UUUCCUCUCCUGUGCGCUCGAAUCCUAACUUUCCUGUAUCCCGCAGCACCUGAAGGUAGCACCGGUGGAUGAAAUAAAACACCGCUUUUUUCUCCACUUUCCGAACAAGUUUGUCCACCGAAACCAGCUCCCACGGUUCGUUCGGACGAGGAUGUAAACAUCGAGAAACACAUCAGACAGUAACGUUGCACGGAUCCGGUGUCCUGGAUGUUUUUGUGCAUUAUUCAAAGCGCGCUGCGCAUCACCACAGCUAAUUAGGAUUUCAGUAUAAAUAAGGCCGCAGACGGGACAGCUCGGCCUGUCCUGCCGCUGAUGUCGGAGAGCUAAAGGUUAAAAAACCUUGAGGAAAAAAACAUGCACACACUCUGAGCCGCCUCACGGAUGGGACUCUUCUCAACCCGGACCUCCGGAGAUAUCCCGCAGAUUUCACGGUUUAUUACUGAGAGACUUUGGCUUAUGAAGAUCCACCGAGGAGACUGAUGUUUUUGGAGACUUUUUAAUGGCACUCGGCUCGACCUAGACAGGCUGCUGCUGCCUUUAUGGGACGGUGAAGGUGUCUUAAUUUUAUUUUUUUUAUUUAUUUUCUUUUCUUAUUAUUUUUGUAACCAUAUAUCCACACGCUCCUGCAGCUGCCAAGCGGGGGGGAAACCGAGUUCUUCACCGGGUUGUUUUGGUUUCCGAAGGGGGGGAAGGCGAAGUGUUUUGGGGUUUGAUUUUCUCCUGUGGUGUCUGUGUGGAGCGUGCCACACACCCACUCCACAACAACGACGGCUUUUGCUUGCAUCUUCCAGUGUUUCUUCUGUCAGCAAGUCCAGCAGAGCUGCAACUCUUCCAGUGCCAGCCCUGACACCAGCGAGGAGCCCUGCCCCACUGACAUGGUGAAGAUGACCAAGUCCAAGACCUUCCAGGCUUACCUGCCGACGUGCCACCGCACCUACAGCUGCAUCCACUGCCGGGCACACCUGGCCAAUCACGACGAGCUCAUCUCAAAGUCAUUUCAAGGCAGUCAAGGAAGAGCCUAUCUGUUCAAUUCAGUGGUGAAUGUCGGCUGCGGGCCAGCCGAGGAGCGGGUACUCCUCACAGGUUUACAUGCUGUGGCUGAUAUCUACUGUGAAAACUGUAAAACCACCCUGGGCUGGAAAUAUGAACACGCGUUUGAGAGCAGUCAGAAGUACAAAGAGGGAAAGUUCAUCAUCGAGCUGGCUCACAUGAUCAAGGACAACGGAUGGGAGUGACGCUCCGGCCGCUCGCUCGCUUUCUUUUUCUGACCUUGGAAUGCUCUUUAUUGAACUGCGUGGAGCGACAACCAUCGACCACCAUGCCUCUCCCCCACCACCCCCUCAACCCCCCUGAAAGAAAAAAAACCUCUCCUCCACCACCACCGCCAACAACCCGCUCGUCUCCUUCAUGUGCACACACACCCACCUGCUCAUCGUGAAAACUGAACAGAACAAAAACGACAUUUAAAAAAUAAAACGACGACGAGGAAACGGAGCAACUCCUGAAAAAUCACAUCACGGGAGUCCUGUCGUUACUUUUGAAGAUUGUGUGUUCUCCUUUGCAGCUCCGGAGCUUUUGGGUUUGACCCCACCUCACCUCGCCUCCCCCCAUCCCCCAACCCCCCCCACCGAACCACGCUUACAAGUGAUUGUGGUGAAAUGGCGACCACUGUGUGAAAAAGGAGAUAGACUUCACUGAGAGGACAUUUCUUUGUUUUCCUCAUUUCGCCCAUCCAGCGAGAGACGGGACAACACUUUGAUGACUUUGGUUAUUUUAAUGUUAUUUUGCUCUAGUUUUAACUUCUGGGUUUGAUAAGGUUUUGGUUUGAUGGCAGAUGGAUGUUACUGGUUAGCAUUUUAUUUCCCUGUCAAGUUUUGUUUCGUUUAUUUGUUUGUUUUUUUUGGCUUGUCGUCUCUGCCUAUAGCUGAACAUGCUUUUCUUUGCUAAUGUCCAAAUGAGUAAUCAGGGACAGGUGAGGAGCGGAGGGGAAAGGGAGUUUAUUGUAGUUACAAAUAUGUAGCAGCAUCUUGCUUUUUUCUUUAUUAUUAUUUUAAGUGGUAAAGGAUGGGAUUGCAGUAGUGUGGGAUUUUAUACCUUCUGUUUUUAUCUCUUUUUUUUUUUUUUUUCUUUAUUGUGAGUUUCGUUAUCUCCCCCCUUCUGGUACUUCUCAGCACUCAAAAAGCAUUGAAAGCAGCACCUAGUAUUUGUUUGACAUAAACGGAUAUAUAUAUAUAGACAUUUAUAUAUAUAUAUAUACACACAUACAUACAUAUAUAUAUAUAUAUAUAUAAAUAUUUGUAGUGUUUGGCUAAAUGCGAUUGUGGCUGGUCCCAUUUUGCAGCAGUACCAUAAGUGAAAGAAAACAGAAACAGUUUCUAGACUGGGGAACCUGACGUCAGUGUCCACUUGUCAUAAAACAUUAUGGCAGACUGUAUUAUUCCAUUGUCUAGUAAUGAAAUAACAAGAGACACAACUACAUAUGAAUAUAUAUACACAUACUAUGAUUACAUAUCCAUAAAUACUAUGAAAAUGUUCGUAGUACGUAGAUAUUGGAACAUGGAUUCUAUAUAUAUAUUUGCUGUCAUGCACAUAUGUAUAUAUGCAUAUGACUGUGUGUAUAUAUGCACUGUGUGUGGUCACGCAUUUACACAGUGGCAUACUUGAACGACGCUACUUCGUUUGCACUUUGCAGAGGCCUUUGGUUCAUCUCAGUUUAGAGGCAAAAAGUUUGUUGGCUCUCGUCUGUUUUUAUGUUUGUUUUUUUUAAAUGGCCUUCUGACAUGAACGACAGUUUGUCAGAGACGGAGAGAAAGUUUGAGCUUCGGACGGUUUGAGGGUUUCAUCGACUGUAGCGUGUUUAGCAGCUUUCGGGUUAAUUUAAAUAAUCUGCUUCUCCUCUCGGUUUUUCCGUGAUUUAAAAAAAAAAAACUCGUGUCGUUUACGAUUUUUCGCUGCUGUCCUAGAAAUCCCGCCACCCCACCCCCCCUCCUCUUGUAGGUCUUUUUGCACUUUAUGCUUCUCCGUCUCUCUCCCUCUCUCAGAGCAUAUGAAUUGUCUCAUUAUUGUGGACGCCAUCUUUGAUUUGCCUCUAAGCCGUAUGAAUCUUGUGCCUCUUCAAAACAUGAACGGCCUCCCCUCUCUUUUUUUUGUUUUUUUAUUUCUUUCUUCUGUUGUGCAGUGCAUAACUCAGAAAACCUUCAUGUGAACCGAUGUGUCUUCCCCCACCCCUUCUGGUUCAAAGUGGCCCUCAGAUUAAGGUUCUUCACCAAAAUCCUCAUAGAGCUCUGCCCUUUUUUAUUUUGGACAACAGAGACUUGGUAUACAUACACACAUAUAUUUUCUAUGUUAAGAUUUAGUGGUGCAAAAACAGAUGGAUAUUGAGUAUAUUAUUUCUCAGAGUAAAGCAUAGAGGAGGAAGGUUUGGACUGUGAGGGAUGCCCAGGGGCUUGUUGUUUGACCUUUUUUUUUUAUUGGAAGGAUAAAAAAAAAAAGAUGGCAGCAGGUCGAGGUGGGGCAGGGUGGGAUGGGAGAGAUUUUAAAAAGAAAAAAAAAUCUGCAGUGAUUGAUUACUUUGCCGGCAAGGUCAGUCAGAUCACACGACCUUUUAUCCUAAAAACAAUGACAAUGCAAAACCCUUAAUAGUCAGCAGUGAUACCUACUUGAAAAAUAUAAAGACAUAAACAGCUGAGAUAUUGGCCCGUGUUACAGUUUUUGUACAUAAAGUAACAUAUUUAAGGUUUUAUACGUAUUUCUACUGGGUUAGUUCUUUUACUUCCCCAACUUGAAGCACUUUUGUUCACUGUACCUCUGGCUGUGUGUGUGAGUGAGAGUGUGUGUGUGUGUGUGUGUGUGUGUGUGUGUGUGUGCGAGCAUGCAUGUGUAUUAGCCCACAUGCAUGCCUGCACACAAAAGUGAAUUUUCCUCAGACAGUUUGUUUUCUUCCCCCCCACCCCCCCUUUUUUCUCUUUUAGUUGUUUUUUUUUUUUUAAUUAUUAUUAUUUGUCCUGUUGUUUUUUCUUUCACAGCUGUUUGGUUUCACUGUCUCUCCCGGUGAUCUGUGAGGUCGAGAGCCAGAUUAGUUUGUUUGGAAGUGAUUUAUCCCUGUUCUGUUUGUUUUUGUUUUUUUUCGUUAGCUUGUUUAUUUAGCUUGUGUGGUGAGAGAGCCCAUUAGAGGGCCCGGUGUUUAGGUCUCUGCUGAGCCAUGUAGACGUUGAGGGCGAGCUGGAAUCUCCCACCAUGUCGCAGGGAGAGCCUUUACUUAAAAAAAACCCUUUCGCCACCAGUCAGUGUCUCCUGUAUAGAGGGCUUUCAGAUUGAUGAAACGCACCCUCUGGCAGCCACACUGGAGGUCCUCAGCUUUUUGGCAACUGCUGGCUGUGAAUAUCUGAUUGUAUUUCUUGAGAACUUGCUCGUUUCUGUGCCGAGUUUGACAGAAAAUUAACGGUUCUUUUCUGAUCUGGUUGUUUUGAUAGCGUUAGCUUGUUAGCUACCCGGCCGUAGUCACUACAUCCCAGUUCUGGGGCAAACUCUUUAAUGGUGCAUUCAUGUGGUCUUUGUCAGUCCGUUACAUAAGAAAAUAUGACGUGAACUCCUUGAUGUUUGUGUUCCUGUGGUCAUCGGUGCUGGUAAACUGGCUGCAUUUCAUGAACUCGCCUGAGUUUGCCGCUUGGUAUUCACCACUUUCUUCUGCCAUUUCAUGGUGAUAAACUUGAAAACUACUGAGACUGAAAGUUCUUUUGUUUAGUUUUUUUUGGCCUUGGAAACCGCAGGCGUCAAAAUAAUCUCAGUCCAUUUGGUAGCUCAGUAAUGGGACUCUAGACAUUCAAACUUUCAUUUUUCUCCAAGCACUUGUUUGUUUUGGUGUAGAAGUGCUCAGAGGAAUAGAUGUUUGAAUGUUUAUACCUCUGUGAUGACUGUUCAACCCUGAAAGCUGUCGACGAUCACUUGAAUGCACCGUUAUAGGAGGAUGUUGCAGCCCCAGAGCUGAGAUUUUUUUUUUUUUUUUGGAUUCACAACAACAAUAUCAAAACCUAGACCCACAUUUGUACCUAAAUUUGGAAACAAAUCCACUUUACAAAGGCUCAAUCUAGACCUCUAGGGCCCCCAAAAGCCCCAGUUACACUUCAUAUUAUUUAAGUCUAUAUAAUUUGAUUAAUUUGUCUGAAAUUUGAAACGACUGGUCCUCCAUCCCUGGUCUUAAAGUAAAGGGACCCUGUGUUAAAAUCUAGUUUUAAUAGCUAAAUAGUUUAAACUUAUAUUAAGUAUUUUAUCAGAUUUCUUCUAUUUAUUUCUGCAUGUCAAGUACUUAACACAGAAAACCUCGGGCAAGGAAUUACCUUCAAUUUCAAUACGUCUGACAGUUAUUUUCUUUAAUAACUUAUUGAUUAUUCAGAGUGUAAAAUGUCAGAAAAUAAUGGUUGAAGCAGAUUUUUAUUUCCUGAAGCCCAUUUGACCUCGUUCAGAUUGUUUUUGUGGUCUAAGCACCAGUCAAAAAUACAAAGCUAUUAACUUUACCAUCAUGAAAAACUAGAAAUUAACAAAUAUUUACAUUUAAGGAGCUGGUAACAGUUAAACCAGCCGUGUUACCAGACCAUUAACAUACCACAGCCAGUUCCUCCAAAGGAUCUCCAACAUGGCGCCAGCAGUGGUUUGCUGGGAGAUUUUUUGCGACCCAACUGCAGCGCCUCUUUACACUCUCCCUUCGAUCAGUCAGUCUAAGUUGAACCAACAAAAAGCAGUCGCCAGUGUCACCGCCGGUGUGUACCAAAUAAGAACCAGGUUCUAUCGAAAUGUGUCAGUGUCAUGCGUGAGACGGCAGGAAGGAAGGAAGCCAGGGAUCGAGUUCGAGCGUCUCCUGGAGAUUCAACCGUUAAACCAAAAUUUAAAAAAAGAGGAGAAAUCCUGUCACCUAUGACAUUGUCUUUCUGUAGAAUGUUUUGAUUCUCUGAACUUAACAGCGUCAAAGCAGCCUGGAUGAAAUAUGUAGAUAUUUGCUGCUGAAUACUGUUUACUUUUUAUUGUUAUUUUUGUUUUAACGUGACACUGGCUACCUACUUUUUGAGCUCUGUUACUGUCUCAAACAUACCUGAAAGGAUGUUGAUCAAAGGCAAGAUGGGUAUACAGGGGAAAAGACUGUACAAGUUCUUUUCUUAGGACUGUUAAACUACAGUUUAAGGUCUAAAGCAUGUUGUAUUUAUAAUGGCUAUAUGUCGUGCCUGUUUUAUUAUUUUUUUUUUUCCUAAAUUUAAAAACAAAAAUAUUAUAUGCUUUUUAUUUGACUACAUUGCUUUGCAUUCUGUCUUAGUAAAGCCAUGUCACAUGUCUGUUUUCACUAUAAUGUAAACUAUCAGAUAUCACAAUAAAUUUUCAAUGGCAUUAA